AGGUUCUUUAUGUGGUAAAACUAUUACUGUUUGUGUACUGAUUGCCGAGCAACGCUAAUAGCUUGAGUAAAUGUAGGGUAUUUUCAUUAAGUUUACAUAUACAAUAUAGUCAGACAGGGAUAAUAAGGAUAUUUACCAAAUAUGGCGAUAUCAUCUUUAAGGAAUCGACCGUGGUCACCAAUGUUUCGGACACCAAGUGUACCAACUAUUCCACAUCCAAUGUCGGGUAGGGAACCAUGUGGAGAUUUAUCAGUUCGUGGUGUGUCCACACCAGUAUUAAGAAGAGAGAAGACCAUAUCGUUUGUAGAUAAAGGACAGGUAGAUAGAGUUGGUGAGGACAGAAGAUAUUAUAUGAAUGAUGAUUCUCGACUUCUACACUGGCCAUUAGAUUACCAGAAACCAGGUUAUAAAUAUGUUAAUCGCCAACCAACACUUCUAAAGGGAACCCCAGGAACAGAGCUGGUAGAUAAAGUAAGAGAUAAAUUAACAACAGGAUUUUAUGGUGUGAGACACAUGUUUAAAGCUAAUGAUCCACUAGGCAAGGGCAACAUCACCAGAGAUGCACUAUAUCGAGUUACAUGUAACUUAUGUGGUUAUGUUACAAAAGAACAAUAUGAAAGAUUUCUAGAAAGAAUAGAUUUGGAGAAUCAUAAGUUUAUAUCAUUUAAUGAAUUUGUCAAAUGUUUUCAAGAUAAUGAGACAGUUAAGAGACAAUGGGUGAUACCAGCUCAGAAAUUAGAAACACAGGAAUUACGCCGUGCCAUGUAUCCAGAAGAUAAUCUACGUAACUUAGAUAAUAUGUACUUAUAUCCCUAUCAUUCAGCACCUUAUGUAGCUGCUCUGUUACGGGACAAACUGAACACUGGUCAAGUAAAUAUAAGAGACAUAUUCCCAACAGCCUGUUUUGCUAAAGAAGGAAUGAUUUUAGCACCACAAUUAAGAGAAGCUCUGGCUCAAUUAGAAGUACAUCUGACUAACACAGAGUUUGAGAAACUAUGGUCUAGAUUUGACAGAGAUAAUUGUGGGGGAGUCUAUACAAAAGAGUUUUAUAAAAUAAUUGGAUUGACACCAAUUGGUCAGCCCAAAAUAACAACUACAACUACAACAACAUCAAAUAGUCAGCGAAAUACUUCUCGUAAAAAACACAAUGCUGAAAUUGUCACAUCAUGGACCACCGAGGAAUGUAAUGGUUUAGUACAAGAUGUCGUCCGGACAAGUUAUAAUUAUGAAACUGAAGAUGAAAGUUCGGAAGAAAAACAAGAAACUAAAAUGAAACAAGAACAUACCAAUGACCCUAAGGUUAAACAAAGACGGCAGAAAUUAAACAAUAGAAAACCUCCUGUUCCAACAUCAAGAGAAAAAGCUAAUGUCAAAAUCACACGGCAACAAAAAUCUACACAGCAGAAAGAAAUCAAAUCUGAAAAUAUUCUCAAUACUCUUUAUUCUAAGUAUGAGGAACCAUACAGUGUUAUGUUAGAAGCCUUCCAGUUAUUUGAUUAUUUGGAUGAUGGUCUGAUAUCUAAAAUAGAUUUCAGAAGAGUUCUUAAAGAGUUUGGAUUCCCAAUAGCAGCUACUGAGUUAGAGGUGUUCCUUAGAAGUGUUGGUGUGAGAACUGUAAGAGGACAGAUUAGAUAUAAAGAUUUCUUAAUGAAAUAUCAGAAUAGAGAAAAUAAUGAAAUAUUGGGUGAUAUCUUAGCUAAUAAUAAUACAAUCGUUCAGAGAUCCAGCUCAGUCAAAAAUAACACCAAUAAAAUAGAGAAAAUAGAGAAAAUAGAAUCAGCUGUAGUAGAACAUUUACAUGGUGAUUAUCUGAACCUAGUGAAUGGUUUCAGACAAAGUGAUACAUCAAAUGAGGGUAGAAUUAGCGAAGGUUCAUUUAGAAAAGUGAUAGAAAAUAACCUAGGAGGAAGUCUCACUGAUCAACAAUGGAGAAAUUUACAGAAAGAUUUAGAUAUAACUAAUGGUGAAGUUGUUUAUCCUCGUUUCUUAGAUAAAUUUCAGAAUGAACCAAGAUCAUGGAGUUCUGAACAGUUUGGAGUGUCACCUAAAUAUUUAAAACAAACCACAAUGAAAAGUAAAGAAGAAGAUGAUGUAAUUAAGAGAUUAAGACAUAUGGCAUCCUAUAUGAUGAAAGUUAAAGACAAAGAUGAUACAGAUGAAAAAACUCGAAGAUUACAUGAGAUCCACAGAAAGAUAGAUGAAAUUCUCAGAACUAAAUUCCAUACUUUUGAUAAACAUUUUAAAGAUAUGGAUAGAAAAAUGACAGGAAGAAUGACAAAAUGGCAGUUUGGUGCUUUAUUAAGAUUAACUGGUUUGAUAUUAGAACAGCCUGAACUAGAUCAACUAUGGGGAACAAUGAAACUAGCUCCAGAUGGAAUGUUAGCUUAUAGUGCUUUAAUACAACAAUUUAAUUGUACUGGUAAUAGAACAGCAUGGGGACCUGCACCACCAUAUGCUACAGAUGAUAAUAAUGAAAUGAUUGACAGAGCCAGACAAAUACAGAGACAGCGCAGAGAUAGCCGCCAGAAACGACCCCAAUCAGCUCCAAACUUUAACCGUCCACAAAGUGCCAAAUCAUUACCACUACAAACAGAUACCUCUAGACUCCAAAAACGUAAAGAAAUCAUGAAAAAAAUCCAGCCAUUUGUCACCAAAAACUGGGAAAAACUACAGCAAAACUUUGUAAAAUUAGAUAAAUAUGGUUAUUCUAAUAUAGGUUACAUGGAAAUGAGGGGAAUAAUGGUGCAGCUAAAAUUUGGUUUAACUAAUGAUGAAAUGAAAGAAAUAUUAGACCAAUUUGAUUUACACGGAAAUGGUAGAUUCCACUAUAUAUCAUUUUUAGAAGCUUUCUACCCAAAUAACACAGAUUUUGAAUUCUUUCAAGAGGCAACUGAAAUCAGUCCAAAUUUUGUAAGGAAGCUUUUAAGAGAAUGGCAAAAUCUGAGAAGAGCUUUCCGUAAAAUAGAUUCAAAUAAUGAUGGUUAUUUAGAGGUGGAAGAUUUUAAGAAAUGUUUAAAACAGUGUAAUAUAGAUGGCAGUGAGGAAGACUUAUAUCAUUUGUUUUCUCAGUUUGAUUCUAAUCUUACUGGUAAAAUAUGUUAUAAGGAAUUCCUUCAAACAUUACUUAGUGUUAAAUAAUUUUAUAGCUUGUUAAAUGUUAUUAUCCUAUUAUUAAUUUAAUUAUCAAAGUUUAUAUUAUAUUUAGGACAUGCUUUCAGAUGUUUUAAAUUAAUAAUUAAAAUAAUGUGGUGCAUGAGUCGAGAAUUAUUAAUCUUUAAAAUUUAUGACGUCAUAACCCAAAUUUUAUGUUAGAAAUUAAGUGUUUGGUAACUUGAAACUCAUACAGUAAGAUUAAGGUUUCAAGAUUUUUUUAUUUUUCUAAGAAACAAGUCAAUACUAUAAUAUAAAUAAAACCUGAUAUUUUUUUGAUUAGUGCUAUAGAUAUUAAACGGAUUUAGUCCUCUUUUGAGUUGUCAAUUUCAGUUAUCUGUGUCACUUUUUAGAAGGAAACGUCUGAUUUCAACAUGUAAGGAACCUAUGACACCAUUACGGUUAAAUAUCACAUGAAAGAAUGUUACACAGAAUGUUAAUUAUGACCCAGAUAAUAAGACUGUUGUUUCAUUUGCUUGUUUCACAUAUACAGAUGAAUUAAACAUGCAUAUCAUUCUGAAAAGUGAUAUGGAUAGCUGAAAAUAACUCCUUAUGGGAUAAAAAAAAAUGUUUAAAUGAUUGUGCUCCUUUUGAAAUAGAAAUAUUUCUAGUUUAUAUUGUAUUGUUAUGUUAGGUUUAAGAUUCAGAGUAAUUUAUUUUGUUUAGAAAUAGAAGUAUCAGGUAUAUACAUAUAUAACAUUUUAUUUUUAUUUUUUUAUUUAUAAUUUAUAAAUUUAUUAAUGUAUUAAGAACCUGUGAUAAAAUAACAUAUAUUGUUUUUAUCUUUAACUAAAUAUUGAUUGAUGCCUUCUUUAUAAUAGUUACUGAAUAAAUUAUGACUACGCAUUUAUUUUUAUUUUUU